GGUCCUUCCUUUUCUAGCCAACUUGGCUGAAGUCUACCCAGGACUACACUGACGGACUUUAUUAAAGUUUCUGCCGCGGUGCCCCCCAGGUCCUGACAUGGCCCCCAGCACGCAGCUGAAGGAGGCGAUAGCCGAUAUGCAGGACGGCAUUCGUGCCAUCCUACUUGGACCUCCUGGAGCUGGGAAGGGGACUCAGGCCCCUCGGCUAGCAGAGAAAUACUGCGUUUGCCACCUGGCGACUGGAGACAUGCUGAGGGCCAUGGUGGCUUCAGGCUCCGAGCUCGGCAAGAGGCUGAAGGAGACGAUGGAUUCUGGCAAACUGGUCAGUGAUGAGAUGGUCGUGGAGCUCAUAGAGAAGAACCUUGAGUCGCCGGCCUGCAGGAACGGAUUCCUGUUGGAUGGAUUCCCGCGAACGGUCAAACAAGCAGAGAUGCUGGACGACUUGUUGGACAAGAGAGACGAGAAGCUGGACUCUGUGAUCGAGUUCUCCGUCGAUGAUUCUCUGCUGGUUCGCAGGAUCUGUGGCAGACUAAUUCAUCAGCCGAGCGGCCGCUCCUACCACGAGGAGUUCAACCCCCCCAAAGAGGCCAUGAAGGAUGACGUGACGGGUGAACCACUGAUCCGCCGCAGCGAUGACAAUGAGAACACCCUGCGCUCGCGCCUGGAAGCCUACCACCGGCAGACGUCCCCUCUGGUGCAGUACUACAGUGCCAGGGGUCUGCACACGGCCGUCGACGCUGCCCAGAGCCCAAACGUCGUCUUCGCCUCCAUCGUAGCCGCGUUCUCCGCAGCUACGGAAAUGCCCGCUCGUGCCACAGCCUGUAAAGACCAAGUGUUCUUCAUUUAAAGUUUUCCUUCUUUGCCGCAUUGCCCUCCAGCUGACUGUUUUCAUGUUUUUCUUUUCUUUUCUUUUCCCCCCCGCGUGGUGGAGAUUAUUCAAGAGUGGAUCGAGUGUCAGAGUGGCAACAAAAUGUAACUUUGUGAAGUGUAAACGGGGAAGCUGGAGACUCGGUGUGCCGUCACGGCUCAAGAAAUUAAACAGCAUCAUCAAUGUUACAGGAACAGAGCGGAUGUAGAAUCGUUUUCGUUACUCUUCAUCACAGAAGAAGCCAAAAUAGAGCUCAUCGAUUAGCACCACACUGCUGCUGCUGACACCUUUCACCGUAGAGAUGUGAGAAGGUUUUGACAUUUAAGCAGUGCAGAACGCGUGCAUGUUUGUAUAGAUGCUCCUCACCAGAGCGCAUUUGAAAAUAUUGACAUUUGUUGCAUAUUGUUUGCCUUUGCUGGACAGGUUUGCUCUUGUUUAAUCAAUGGCUUUGCCCUUUUUUCCUUCACCUUUUCUCCUAAUAUUAGAUUAGAGCUUCUGUUUUUCCUAACCAGCUGUACUUGCUGCUCCUUCUUGUCCCUGAAUGCAUCUGAAGUGCAAGAAAAAGCAAAACCGGAAGUGGAGUGUGUCACAAUAUGAAUUAUAUUCUGAUGUCAGAGGUCUUCAGACUGAACCUCUGCAGCAGGGUGCAGGGGGAAAGUUGGGGCACAGUAAUGUUUGUGGCAACAGCCUCAGGUGUGUUCUGAAAACAGGAGGUGAGUUCUUGGCCACAGAUUGGCCCCGUGGCCAAUAACGCACUCAAGUAGACAAUUAAGGUACUUUAAAACCCCGUAGUGCCCAACUGCUGCAAUUUGCAUCAGCAGCGAUACUCACAACUCACUCAGAUCUGAACACAGGUAUGAUUGAAAGUCUUUUAUAUUUAGUAUUGCUUUAACUUCUCAAGGCCAUCUGUGUCUCUGAGACUCACUGGUAAUCAGAUUUCCACUUAACUCUAAUGGCAAAAAAAUAAACGCUGCUUAUAAGUUGAGCUUUACCUGGCAUAAGUUGCGUCAUUGUUUAGCAUCAAUUUAAUGCCGACAUUUGCCAAAAAUACAAAAAUGAGUUUUGCAGUACAAUUUAUGUACCUAUGUGUGAGUUUAAAGCUGUUUUCCCACAUGUACUUCAGUCAGGUCAGUGUAUUUUUCCACAGGGGGGCUUUUUCCAGAGGAAAUGUUUUCUGAUAUGUUUGCAGUACUGGAAAUAGUUUUCGUGCAUUUGGCAAAAAAAGCCAGACUGGCUCCUCACUAACUGUGAAAACACCAGCGUGUUAGCUGAACCAGUCACAAAUCUGCUCAGUCUGACACACACUUGGACUUAAAAUGUUUUUAAACAGAGUCAGCAGAUCAAGACUGGAGCAUCAGUAUGCUCUCACAUUAGUGGUAUUGCUUUCAGUGCUUAAAGGAAAAAAAAAAAACAACUUGUAUCUUCACACUUUGACCGCCUCAGUUACUGAUAAAGAUCCUUCAUGCACUUCUGUUUUCUAUGCAGAUGAUAUCGUGCUUUACCUAAGGCUACGUCCACACUAAUCUCUGUUUUGGCCUCCCGUCCACACAUUGCUGCCUGCGGUGGGUGUGGUGCAGCACUCUCUGCAGCACGGUGGCAGAGAGAAAAGCUCAAAAGCAUGAUUGCACUUCACUAGAGGUGAUAUCGGAAAGUACUUGUCGCCACAAGUCUUUUGCCUUUAAAGGCAAAAACAUGAGCAGCCUAUCAAAACGUUUAGCAGAAGUCCAUCGCACACGGAGAAAUGCCCAAUUUUCGUUUUGUAUUUCAUUUGGAAUUGCUCCAGGUGUGUUAUACCAGCACCCUGAGGCACGCAUACCAAUAACUAAAUGAUCAGUUAUCUAAUAUAUAAAUGUGGUUACUGAUUAAAAGCAAAGUGAGUAUUAGAGGUGUGUACAUUCCUAAACUCUUGAGAUGCUGAAACCAUCUGAUCUGCUGCUCAGAAAUUACCAUUAUCAGUUUUGGAUCAUUUGGUGGUUGGAAGUAAUGAUAAAAAUACUGUUAAUGUUCUGGAUUAAUGAGCAGUUCUCCUAAGAUUUGUAGUGAUGCCCAUCCCUCUUAAAGAUAGUUGCAUUCCUCCAGGCCUCUCUAUCAGGCAAGGUCUAGAGAAAUUGGUUGCAGUAGCUGGGAAACAGCUUGACAGUGGAUCCAGAAAUACCGAUCUAUUGAUAUGUGGGAAAGUGUAGAACAAGACUCAUUUGUGUUUCCUAUUUUAGUUUGCUACAGAAGUGAUGAAUCAGGAGUGCAAAGUGGACACUUCCUUCCCCCAAUUUGUUUCCCAGAACACACUUCAUCUUUAAUACGUCAUAAUACGUUUAAUUUUUUAAUCACUAUGUACUUAACUGUGAAACAGGAUGCUCACUUUUUUUGUUUUUGUUGCUGAAAGUAUCGCAUGAUGUCAGCUCAGCCUGUUAAUACCAGUAAUAUUUUUGCAGCAUUUGCAAAAUUUUGGUUCCAACAUGUUGUUUCCUUGACGCUGAUCCACAAGACGACUCAAUUACCUGGAAUUUUAAUGGUUCGAACCGCUUCCAGGAAUCUGUCAGAUAAUUUCACAUGUCUGAAUCUGUGAUGACUGAUUCGCAACCAGAUAACUGACAUUUCAGUUUAGUCAGCAUGUUUACUGCCGAUGGGUAAUUAGAAAAGCACUCUUGGGGGUUUUCUGUGGUGGUUAGUUCCUGAAAUAACUGUGACCAAACUUUAAGAGUUCUGGGAAGACAUGAAGACUUUUAGCGGCUAUGAUUAGGUUUUAUGAUAAAACACAAUCACCUCGCCACUCUUGAGGUGUAAUUUUUCAGCCAAAUUAGGGAUCUGUUCAUGCAAAACCUGUACAGCUACAGAUAACUAAGACUUGCAAUGAAGCGUUUAGCAGCUAAAGAGCAAGAUGGUUUCCUCUGGAGUUGGUCGAGACCAAAAUAUAGUUUAAAAAAUGAUUGAAUGUUCUUUGGCUGCAAGAUGUGUAAAGAAGCAAGUGUUUUCUGACUGUCACUGAAUCGACUUAAAAAGGGACGUGCUGUGCUAAUUUCCAGUUUCAUAUUUACCUUAAACUGGGCUCAGUUCCUCCACUGUAUGAACUGAGCCGGUUUAUCUCCUCCUGCUUUUUUAUCAGCUCAUAAUCAAGACUUGAGCAUCAGUUUUGUGGGGCUUCUGCGUGCCUGAGAAGACUAUAUGAAACACAUCUCCUCUCAAUGGCUUCAAACAGAUCCAGGAGUACAAAGAAACAUGUCUGAAUUGGAGUACUUGGAGUUGUGUGAAGUCUGGGGACUUUUAAAGAUAUGAAUAUGUGCUAUAUGUGGAGAAACAUGCGUGCAUUAGUUGAAAUUUGGGCCAUAUUUAAUGAGCUUGCUGUGUGUAUUUGCAACAGUGUGUGCUGUAUAUAUGUGACAGAAAAUGAGGAAAAGACACUACUGUAUGUCAGUGUGUAUAGUGAUUCAGCUUGGGUCUGCUGCCCCUAAGUGGCACAAAAUCACUUAUUGCAGGGUUGAUAUACAAUGCAGUUCCACAUUAAAGACUCGUGAACUAAACACAGAUCAAUCAUCGUCGUAUGAAAAUGGCUUUUUACAAUGAAGCCAUCUCAAGGUCCCUUUUCCCCUCUAAAUAUGCCUUUUUAUUUAUUUAUUUUACUUCAGAGGUCUGAAAAAUGGAGAUCAAAAGUUACAUUUUUAACUUUACUUUUUUACUUUUUUCUGUGCUGUGCUUCAGGCUCUCUGAGCAUCAGCACUGACAUCACUUUGUGUAACGUCACAAGGAUCAAACAUGAGCUGAAGGUUGAUUGCAAAGACCUUAACAGUAGACACUACAAGGAAAUGUUUUAAGUUCAGUCUUUUUUGUUUCUGCAGCUCCCAAAGGUGUCUUUUAUAUUUAACCUUUUAUUGUUGUUGUUUUUUUGAUGGUGGCUGUUUCAGAUCAAACAUGUUAUCAGUUGUGAUCUAAAAGCAAAACCAAUAAAAGAAACAACGCCUUCACACUAAGUAGAGGCUUUCAAAGAAUACUGUUUAAUCUCAUUUCAUCUCAUCUUGUUUCUGUAGUUUCCACUUAUUUUUAUGUUCGCUGAAGCAGUUUUAGCUGUAAAACAUUUUUUUAAAUGUUCUUCUACAAACAACAAAGCCUUUACAUUUUCCUGUUGUAUCCUCUUUGUGCGUUCAUCCUUCACUCCUCUGUUCCUCCUUGACCUUUUGAGCCGCCUCCUUCCUCUGUAGUCACCUGGUGUUCAGCAGAAGCUUCUUGCAUGCAGACUGUGUUACCUUCCUCUUUCCCUUGAAUGCUGAUGCAUUUUUAGUCUCUCCCGGCUGUUGUGAUGAAAAACAACAACAGAUGUUCGGCGCUCCCGGGAGGCAGAUUUCAGACUGUUACUCAACACAAUGAGACGAUUUCAUGCUAAAUUUACCUUAAUAUUCCAUGCCGUGCUUUGUGAUGCCUCCAAUGCCUUUUGUCACUCUUUGAAAGCUGUGAAUGUACACAUGCUAUAGUUUAAUCUGAUUCGAAGCCUGGAUGUUUUUGUCCACCUUAAAUACUUCUUUUUUUUUUUUUUUUUUUUUUUUUUUAUGGGCUUGUGAGAUAGACAGGGGUACAUUUUGUUUGACCGAGGAAGCUUUGUUUUUGAAGUCAUGCCUGGUUACGUUUUCUCUAGAAAUUCACUCAAAACUUUU